AUGGAAGCACUCGGCUACUUUUCAGAGGACGCCAUGGACUCGAUGCUUCUGUCUCUUGAGAUCCAGGAACUGCUCUCUUCGGACACGGUAGAGUCUGGGCCUCCAAAUGCGGUUAAAAGUGUGGUGGCAUCACAUGAAGAGCUGCCGUCGUCUCCGAAGAAAACUGACCGACGAUUGAGGCCAUAUUCGACGUGUAAGCGUCGCGACCGCAGACGUCCGAAGCACGAACUCGAGUAUUUGCGAGGAAAAGUGGUCGAGCUACAGGAAGAGCUGGAGACUCUGGGAAUAGCCGCGGUUGGCUCUCCGAAUGUUGUCGGUCAGGAAGCCGCUCUGGCUUCAAUUGACGCUAACACGGGUGUCUCGAGCUGGAAGGAGGUCGCAGAGCGCCAGAAGCGCGAGGUAGACAGCUCCAUUGCCGAGAACCGCAAGCUUCGCAAUCGAUUGCUCGGCCAGUUGCAAGUGGCGCGUGUGCUGGAAGCUGCGAUCGCUCAGCACCAGAAAGAGACUGGAGGGUCGACAAUCAGUGGCAUCGGACGCGCGAUGAAUGAGACAGACAAAGAGAUAUUUGCGCAACUUAACAGCUGUGUGGACAAGCAAUUCGCAGAGGUGAACACGGAGCUGACGACUAGUGGACUAGCGAACGUGCUGCACCAGCUUAGUGGCGGCUUCAAGUUCAAACGUGAAGCCAAUGGCAUCACAUUUCGACACGAGGAGGCUCGGCUACUGCCGUUCUCGAUGGAGGCAUUUCACCUCGCGAUCUGGAAUUGUCUGCACAAUGGCUCGAUCGUCAAGCGGACUGAAGCGCAAAUUAUCACCCAAAAUCACUCCAAUCUCAUCGUUCACGAGACGCUGCAGCUCCCAAAGACGCAUCAAAUUAAUGUCACAAAGCGCUCAGCUUUCCGACGACAUAUCGACAAAGACCGCGUGGUGUUUGUGUGGACCAGUUACGUGGAAAUUGAUGGCUCAGUGUUCGUGCGGCUGCGAGAAAGAGGAUGGAGUACCUGCUCGACUUUCGAGUAUUAUCGCGGAGUUAAUGCAGGUGCCAGUAGCUCGAGCAACUUUGUCCAAGGCUGCUUGACUCGAAUGGCUAUUCAACUGACGCCUGAAGUGUCCGAGUUUCGGUCAGAGAAAGACGCGCAAAGACAUAUCGGGGACGUGACGGAUCUCAUCGUCGGCACUUAUCACCUGAACUUUGGGCUGAUUCAUGAGGUCGUCGAAAGGAUAUUGGUCACUUCCAAAUCGACUAAGGAUGCAGAUGCGAACUGCGGCAAGGUAGUCGUCAUGUGA